AUGAAAACGAAGGUGAUGCAAAGUGAUGGCAUGCCCAAGGCCAGUUUACAAGUAGACGGCGCGGACUUGGAAGAAGUCAACCAUUAUGCUUACUUGGGCCAAGAACUAAAUAUGCGCCAUGAUCUCCUAUCGGAGAUUAUACUACGAGGGGCUGCCGGAUGGCGCAAAUUCUAUGACAUCAUCGACGUCCUCAAACCUCAAAAUAUCAGACCAGAAAGACCCUGCUCGCCUCUUCAGCAGCGAAGUGUUGAAGGCAAUGACGUAUGGAUGUGA